AUGCUUAAACCAUUUCACCUUUCUAGAACUGCUUAAUUUCAAGAUGUGACCAUGGUCAAACCCAGCCUAACUCCUUCAGAGCGUAAUGCCUACUCUGAAGCAUCUGAGCUGGAUGGACCCUUUAUUAAGAUUUGUCCAAUCUUGAAAAGAUCAAUAGAGCUCCAAAGGGUAUAAAAUACCUUCUAUAACCCCCCAGAUAAGGGCCCGAAGAUGACUGAAUUGUCCAAUCUCGAACCCCACCAGCAUUAAAACCCCAAAAUCCAAAAAUAUAUAAUCCGAUUCAUGUUCUCUUCUCAAAUACCGAAUUUUAGUGUAAUAAACAACUUUAUAU